AUGUCCUACAAGCGAACUCGGGCGACAUUCGAGGCCGACCUCCAUGCGCCGUAUGCCAUCUUCGGCACCCCUUUGCCAGAGGACGGCGAGCGCGACGAUGGAUCAUAUCUUCCCUUGUGGAAACAGGAGGUGAGGGAUGAAAAGGGCAGGCGGAGAUUACAUGGAGCCUUUACAGGCGGCUGGAGCGCAGGCUAUUUCAACACCGUGGGAUCCAAAGAGGGAUGGACGCCGGCCACCUUUGUAUCGAGUCGCACGAACCGCCGCAAAGAUGAACCUGCCAGUACUCAACAGCGCGCCGAGGAUUAUAUGGACGACGAGGACCUGGCGGAUGCUGCGGAAGCACAGACGCUCAAGACCACCCAGGCAUUUGCCGGCCUGGGAUCGUCCACCCAAGAUGAGCUCCACGCCGGGGGGCUAAUAGGCCUAUUUAGAGCCGACGGAGAUACAAUGGGCCUGAAGCUGUUGCGGAGAAUGGGCUGGAAAGAUGGCCAGGGUAUUGGUCCCAAGGUUCGACGGGGAGCACGCCUGGACUUGGCCGCAAAGCCUAACUUGACCGAUGGCGAAACUCAUCUUUUUGCACCCGACAAUGUCGAGGUAAUGCGAUUUGUCCACAAGACCGAUCGCAAAGGCCUGGGGCAUAGUGGACAAGAAAAGCUUUCGUCGCUGCGCCAUGAAAGCAAAGCUGAUAGUGACGAAGAGGGCCAAGGUCGGGACGGCGUGCUCUCGAUAUUGUCUCGAGGAGGCACCAAGAAGAAACCACAACGAGGUGGCAUUGGCAUUGGCAUCCUCAACGACACUGGGUCUGAUGACGAAGACCCUUACGAAAUUGGGCCCAAGAUCAGGUACAACCGCGUUGUUGGAGGCGACAAGAAGAAGAAGGGAAAGAAGUUAUCAGCGGCAGCAAACCCAUCGCUGAAGAAUGCUCCAGUGUUUAUACCAAAGACUUCUAGGAUCGGUGGUAGCUUGCGAAGAUGUCAGGAUGGAAGACUUCCUCUCGAUGGGUUUGCCCUAGCCACAGCCAUGGAAGAUUUGACAAUUGCCUUGUCCAAAUAUGCACCUCCGCCAGUCCCACCCGACUGGAAAUCGUCCAAGAAUACCGGCGAUACCGAAAGCAAAGCCGGUGCGUAUGUUUCAGCUGCUGAAGCUGCCAAAUCAUCCACUCUCAAUGCGAAAUCUCGAGCCGCCAUCCUUGGAGAAAAGGCCCUCCCCGGAAAAUCUGUUUUUGAUUUCAUAUCAGCCGCUUCCAGAGAGAGGCUUGCUACGGCGUCAGGAAGAGCAGACUUACCCCCUGGCCUAGGCGAAGUGCCAGAAGGAUAUGCCAUGUCGAAAGAAGAAAAGCAGACAAUGCUCUGGGAGCAAGUUCCUAAACUUGACCGAGAGACGGCAAUCGCAGCGAUUGCACGGGGCUUACGAGGGCCAUACGCAGACAACGAGGCUAAAAGAGCGCGCUACAAACGGUACCUGGAGCAUCAUACGAAUCCUAAAUUGUCGCUCCCGGAGAGGAUCAGCGGCACGUCAGAUGACGAAUUUCUUCAAGAAAUGACCGAGUUCUACAACUGCGCGAGGAUAUUCAAGCCCAUGACUGGUUUCAUGGCGUCAAGAUUUACAACGGCCAAGGCGCCGCACGUUAUUGGAGCUGACCCAACACAAGAGAAGGAACUGAUUUCUGUGCCUGAGCCAAAGACCUUGGACCCGGCAGAAGAGGCUGCUAAGAUGGGAAUGUUUGGAAAUCUGACGAGGUCGGUCGAAGACUUUUACCCUACGCGGUUACUCUGUAAGCGAUUCAACGUCAAGCCGCCUGCGCACUCUCGUCGAGAUGAUGAGCCUGAUGCCAGCAACGCACCUCCGGGUCCAAGCGCGCGACAAGCCUACGGCAGUCCAAUGGAAGAUGUACAGAUGCCCUUGCUCUCUGCGUCUCGGACCCGGGAUGAAUCUCCUGCAGCUGGUGACACGACUACCACUCCAAUGGCAGCAACGGCAGCAUCUCUGCGGGAAACUCCAGCGAUAGAAGGCCAGGUGAACCCUGAGCGGAACGAGGCUGUUGAAGGGAAGAGCGCAAACGCCGAAGUGCUGCGAGCAAUCUUUGGCGACACGGCACUCCAUCGCCAACCAGAUCAAUUGACCAGACCAAUCCGCAUCAUCAUCAAUCAGCUGGCCACGGUGCUUUCGCUGACCCCAGCAACAAGAGUCGGAAGAUCCAUCGUUGGACGCUGGACCAGACCGUCGCAAAAGGCUCUUUUUGCGCUCGCUGCCCCAAGACUCUCGCCUCCUUUCCGCACGCCGUACUGUACUGCCAAGGUGCAUCACCGCCGCGAGCACGCAGCCACCGCCGCCGAUCCCCAGCAGCUGGGCCGUGAGCUCGAUCGCGACGACAGCGACGACAACGACAUCGACGCCGCCCAAGACAUCCCAGGCGCCGUCCACGAGGCCGAGCAGUCCCCGCCGCCGCAGUACCCCGUCUCGGAAGCCUCUUCCUCGCGCCCUCCGCCAUUCUCGUCGCUCUUCUCGUCGGUUGAAGACCGUCCCGGUGGUGGCAAGUUCCCUGCUGUUCUCGUCGCCGAAGGAAGCGCCGCUGCCAGAUCAAUCGCCGCGCCCGCCUACGGCUCCGACUCUCGUGCCCCGGGGCCUUUUGAUACCGAUCAGCCUGCUACCACUGCCUCGCGCGCCUUUCAGGACCCUGUCGCCGAGACCAAGCGUGCGCUCCCCAGAGACACCAAGGGAGAAUCGAGCCGCAAAGACGACGACGCCGAACCACCGCCUGCGUACUCGGAGGGGGAUAGUCCUCUCUUUGCAUUCUCAUUCGUAAUGGCGGCAGCCGGAGGAGCGUCGAGUAUUAUUACUCAGGUGCAGCAGGGUGGUCCACCCAUUAAUGCUAUUGGAGAUGUUGGCGCCGAUGAGACAAUCACGAUGGACCUUAGGGGUACCAGAUUUGUCCUUUCGCGUGACGAACUACUCACUCUACCUGAAUUUGUUCUGUUAUCUCUCUUUCCGAAUGGGCUCUUCCCGGAAGGCCAUAUGAGCGGGUUUCCCGAUAGCGAUGCUGUGCAAGUUGAUUAUGAUCCUGCUUCGUUGCAAUACAUGCUAGACUUUUUCCGCAAUGUUGCUCAGUCAAUCCCCACCGAAUCAUCGCCCGGCGCUUCGCAGGAUGGCGAGAUUGUUCCCUUGGAUCCGAUGGGGGGGCGAGAUGAUGGCUCAAAACGAGCCGGCAUCAUUGUGCUGCGGGAGGAUCUUGACUUUUAUGCAAUCCCGCCCAAGUCGGACAUCAGCCAGCCCGAUAUGAUCGAGGUCAAGCGGGCUGCGGCACGUGCGCUGCUGAAGCAAGACGGAAUCUUUUCUGGACUGAAGCGCAGCGAUGAGCCGGGAACGACUGAGGCUCAUUUGAUUGAGAUGCUGACGGCAGGUGGCUUCAACCACGACGACCAAUGGGGCCACCGAGCUGGCGAGCCUAACAAGGCCGUCAUCUGCAGUCUGGCCCUCGCCCGGCUGCGCAGCGACAUUCGAGGCAACGAAAUGGGCAGCAACGCCGUCGGCAUGGCGCAAAAGCUGCUCCUCUUCUGGCGGAAACCCGCUCGACGAUGCUGGUGGGAGGGCAUCGAGCUGGACAAUGUCGAAGGCGUCGAGGGCAAGCUCAAGGUCUGGAUCCGCCGAGUGUGGACGCUGGAGAUGAGUGUGAUUGGGCUCCGUUGA